CAGCUGCGUAAAUGAGUAUGGAAGAUUAUGAUUUCCUCUUCAAAAUUGUUUUAAUUGGCAACGCCGGUGUGGGGAAGACCUGCUUAGUCCGUCGCUUCACUCAGGGGCUUUUCCCACCGGGUCAAGGAGCCACAAUUGGGGUUGACUUUAUGAUUAAAACUGUGGAGAUAAACGGUGAAAAAGUAAAGCUGCAGAUCUGGGACACAGCAGGACAAGAGCGAUUCCGGUCCAUCACGCAGAGUUACUAUCGCAGUGCUAACGCGUUAAUCUUGACCUACGACAUCACCUGUGAAGAAUCCUUCCGGUGUCUCCCCGAGUGGCUGCGAGAAAUCGAACAGUAUGCCAGCAAUAAGGUCAUAACCGUGCUAGUGGGUAAUAAGAUUGAUUUAGCUGAUAAGAGGGAAGUCUCCCAGCAAAGAGCUGCAGAGUUUUCCGAAGCGCAGGACAUGUACUAUCUGGAAACCUCAGCAAAAGAAUCGGAUAAUGUGGAAAAACUCUUCCUGGACUUGGCCUGCCGGUUGAUCAGCGAGGCACGACAGAACACCCUUGUGAACAAUGUCUCAUCCCCCUUACCAGGAGAGGGGAAAAGUAUCAGCUACUUGACUUGCUGUAAUUUUAAUUAAAGAGCUGGCAUGUGAUUUCCCCUUCUGCCAUGGGCCAAAAGGAUUUUUUUCUUUUUUUUUUUUUUUUGCUGGGAUUUAUCUCCUUGAAGGGAAUUCCUGCCACUUUGACCCAUCAGACUUACCCUGAGUCAGGUUGCAGACCUGGAAGCAUGGCAGGCUGACGGCUCCAGCUGCAUGGCAACGUAGCAGAAUAUAACACGGUUUAAAUUUCAUUUUUCUUGCAGUCUCUGGAGCGGGUUAGGAAAAGGAGAGUUGCACAAGUGCUUCAUGUAAUGCAGAACGUGAGCUAUUGCAUUUCCUUCUAUGGGAGACUAGAGCAGCCUCUCUUGAAGAAGAUAUUGAAGAGAUCAAAAUCUCUUUUACAGAACAAUAUGUUUCAUCCUUUUUAAAAUAAAAAAAAAGAAAACCAACAAUGAACACAGACCCUGAACUACACUGGCAAUCUUCCAGGCUGCCAGUGAGUGAGCUCUUAAGACAUGUAUAU